GGAAAUAGUUUUGUAUUUGUUUGUUUAGUCUCCAGCUGCAUUAUUUGUCACGUUCCGCCCCCAUCAUAACCAAAUGUAUUUUAAAUUAAAACAAACAUAAAUAAAAUAAAAAGGAGAAAAAAAAAAUCAUCUUAACCGGAGGUGGUAGAUCUGAAUCAUCAGAAUUCAGAACCCUUUCUUUUAAGCAAAAAGAACCCUAGAUUAGAUUCUAUCGAUUGGGUUUUGAUUCUCAAUCCUGCCUUCUUUUUUUGCAUCGGAUCUAGAUCUUCUUUCGAAAAUCAUCAAAUCGGCAAAAAAAUAUGAAAGAAAGGAGAUCUGGGAAGUCGAAUCAUCAUCAAGACAACGACGAAGAGGUUCACCACCAAAACAGUCAUCUGACUUCUUUCAAAUUCGCCAAACUGUUUGAUUCUGAAGCUUCCUGGGACAAGGACCAACUAGGAGAUGUGUUGCAUUGGAUCAGGCAAGUUGUUGGAUUACUCUGCGGAUUGCUUUGGGGUGCCAUUCCUUUGGUUGGUGGCAUCUGGUUACUUCUGUUUCUGGCAAUAUCUUCAGGUAUAGUAUACGGUUACUAUGCAUUGAUUCUGAAGAUCGAUGAAGAAGACUAUGGGGGUCACGCAGCUCUGCUCCAGGACGGUCUCUUUGCUUCUCUAAGUGUAUUCAUGCUUGCGUGGAUUCUGGUGUAUAGCUUGUCUAGCUUCUAAAUAGAGACACCCCCUCUUGCGCUUAAGUUGGCUCUUUAUCCCUGCUGAGAAGAUGGUUUGGCAGAAGGUGCUUUUCAUGGUUUCUCAGAUGACAUUCUUAUUUACGCUUUUGUUUUCUAAAGAUUGGAACUAGCUUCGGUAGUUUGUUUUCUAGAUUUCAAAUGGAACAACAUCCUUUGGUUUUGUCAACUAUUUUCUUUUUAAUUUUGUGUAAUAAUAAACCAAGUAGUAUGUUAUGCUACAAAAUGGUACUUUUUUUCCA